GAACGCAAUGUUUACAUCCCGGCGAGAGGAACACGUGAUUCGUUAACAUGUCCCCACGUGACUGAUGACACAACCUUCCAAUUAAGUCUCCCCUCGCACACGUCAAGACAUGGAGAGGAACAAACUCAGAGCUUACGAGAAGAGGAGGGGGGCGACGCACCCUAGAGAGACAAGGAGAAAGGCCUUGCUGGAGGAGGAAAGAAGGAAUGAAAGGAGUGUUACCAAUCAGAGAAUGACAAUGCAGCGAAGAAUUUUUAUACGCACUCAAAGUUCCAGAAAUGUGCCGAGAGAAAACAUCAACAUGACGGCAGAGACAAAAGCAAGAGCAAAUGCAAACCUAUCGGACAUCAUUGCCGGUGCUGGGGAGUCUGUGCCACCACCCCCCGCUACCCCACAGCCUCACAACACUGUGUCCCCCCACCGGUACUUCCUGCCUAUGAAGAGGGGAAGUCGCUGGCUACUGAAGGAGGGUAAGCAAGCAGGCACCAAUCAGGUACUCGUACACUCAGACGCUUCCAGUCCAGACAGCAUUUUCAGCCCAAACACGCCCACAUCUGCCGACCAGCCAUGUAAGGUAACCAAGUUCAAGCAGAGAAGCGGUAACAUUCCAGCAGACAGAUCCAGAGAACCCAGCCUGCUUAAACCUACUAGGGAGAGAACUGGGGCACCACCACCACCACCACCAGGCAGCAGUCUAUCAAGGCUGUGCUUGGGAUUGGCCCCUUCAGACACAUGUGGCAAGGCAGAGGACAAGGUGACCAAGCCUCUAGUGGUGAAGCCUCAGAUCUAUGAAUACCUAAUGGCUGCCGUGAACAAGGCGCAGGACAAGGCCUCACGCGGCCGACUGCCACGAGCCGCAGGAAUGAGCCGUGAACUUCUUAUGAAAAUCCAGCAGAAGUAUGAGGAAGGCCGAGUGUUCAAUCUUAACACAUGGUUCUGCUGCAGUAAGAAGGAGAGGCAGAAGGAGACCAGGAGCCCCACUGCAGUAGGCUGUCAAAGCUCUGGAUCCACAAAGAUUGUAAGGUCUACGAAACGAAAUGAUGCAACCAGGCAGCCAUCAGAUGUGUUAAAAACUCCCUCCUGCCAAGACUAUCUAGCCAUCACUUCAAGAAGCUCCCCCAGCAGCUGUGACAAGACCACUGGUGUGACUGGCAAGAUGAACUGUCCAGGCACCACCAUCAUCAGUCCCCAGGGUCUCCUCCAGCGCCAUGAGGAUCUGCAGAGGGAUGCUGAGGGAUGCUGGCACCCUCAGGACCGCCAGCAGGAGCCUCUCGUUUCCAGUCAGCGGCAGGAGAGAAUGGAGUGGGUGUUUGACGGUUCUGAUUCCCAGCCGCCAGGAAGCCAAAGGACUCCCUCGCCUGUCUGCCUGCUGUCUGUCUCUCAGUGUCCCAAGUCUGUUGUUAUCAAUCCAAUGAGGUACUUGGAAUACUUUGCUGGGCCACCUCAGGACACUGACAGAGGCUCCUGCUCCAAGGACACACACCUGAGGGCUACACAUCCCAGGGACACACACCUGAGGACCACACAUCCCAGGGACAUGCACCUGAGGGCCACACAUCCCAGGGACACACACCUGAGGGCCACACAUCCCAGGGACACACACCUGAGGGCUACACAUCCCAGGGACACACACCUGAGGGCCACACAACCCAGGGACACACACCUGAGGGCCACACAUCCCAGUGACACACACCCAAGGGCCACACAUUCCAGUGACACAUACCCAAGGGCCACACAUCCCAGGGACACAUACUCAAGCGCCACACAUCCGAGGGAUACACACAUGUGGGCCACACACCCAAGAGACACAGACCCCAUGGCCACACAGAACCAGAGCUCACACACUUCACAGGCACAGGCAGCGACAGCCACACACAGAGCCACUUACGUCCAUGAGGAUGUGAACCUUGACUCCCUUGGCACUGCUAGCACUUCAAGGGAGACUGAAAUGUAUAGCAUGAGGGACAAGAGGCACCUUGCUCCCUACCCUGGCCAGGAGUACCGGCACACAUGGCAGGGGUCAGAGGCAGGCAGGGGGCAGCAGAUAUAUGAUACAGGCUGGCAGGGUGAAUCAUACUUUCCAGCUCAGUAUCACCAGCAGCACGUCAACCAAUCCUUCCCGUCAGACGACCCAAAUCCGAAUCCUUGGCACCAGGAUCCAGUCAGUCGUCACUCAAGACCUUUACUGGAUCUGACAGACUCCAUAUUCCCAAGAUACUUACAGCAACCACCACCACCACCUCCACCUCCACCUCCACCAGUCAACAUCUUCCAAUCAGCUUCCUGGGAGACACUACAAGGAUCUGUGCCAAGGUGCAACACAAGCUGGAGUGCACCACUGCCUGAGGGACACUUGUACCAUGGGCCAGGCUGUGAGAGGACCAGGGACCAGUUUGGGCCAUCAACAGAGGCACGCAUGACAGGUCUGGUGACAUGUUGA